AUGCCGGGUCCAAUUGAUCCGGAAACCAUCUACACCAAGCAGACAUGCAUCGGUGGUGGAAGUUUCGGCAAGGUGUUCAAGGGUGUGGAUAGACGCACUGGAGAAUCAGUGGCAAUCAAAAUCAUCGAUGUCGAGAACGCCGAGGAUGAUGUCGAUGAUAUCAUCAAGGAGAUUGCUAUCUUGUCGGAGCUGAAGUCGCCGUAUGUCACCAAGUACCAUGGCUCAUACUUGAAGGGAUCCAAUUUGUGGAUCAUUAUGGAGUUCUGCUCUGGUGGCAGUUGUCACGGUCUUCUGCGGCCGGGUCCAAUUCAUGAGGAGUACAUUGCCAUCAUUCUGAGGGAAUUAUUGCGCGGGCUGGACUAUCUGCAUAGCGACCAAAAGUUGCACCGAGACAUUAAAGCUGCAAAUGUUCUUCUCAGCGCAAAUGGCCAAGUCAAAUUGGCGGACUUUGGCGUGUCCGGACAACUGUCGGCGACAAUGACGAAGAAAAACACAUUUGUGGGUACGCCGUUCUGGAUGGCCCCCGAGGUGAUCAGGCAAUCUGGGUAUGAUUACAAGGCCGAUAUUUGGUCAUUGGGUAUCACCGCAAUUGAGCUGGCAAUGGGCGAUCCUCCGUAUGCCGAUAUUCACCCGAUGAAAGUGCUGUUCUUGAUCCCUAAGAACCCACCCCCUACAUUGGCGGGCGAGUUCAGUAAGCCUUUCAAACAGUUUGUGGAACUGUGCUUGCGUCGGGACCCCAAGGAACGGCCAUCAGCCAAGGAGCUACUUGAGCAUCCAUUUGUGAAGCGUGCCAAAAGAACAACCUACCUCACAGAACUCAUUGAACGUGCGGAGCGUUGGCAGAUAACUCAUCGGGGCCAAGAUGACGAGGAUGGAGAAGAUGAAUAUGAUGAUAGAGAACCCAAUCAAACCGCGAACGAACGAAUCCAGGAAAGGGAAGACCUUUGGGACUUUGGUACCGUUCGCCCUGUGGGAAAAGCAUCUGCAAUCCCUUCGCGGCCAAUGAAAGGCCCCAGCACAACCCCAACCCCUAACGAGACAGAGGAGUGGGAUUUGUGUGAUGCGACAGCCCGAAACCCUGGAGCGUCACAACCCCAAUCACAAGCUCACACAACCUCAGCAAACCCAGCUACAAAUAAUUCUCCUACCAAAACCCCUCUUCCUCCUUCUGCACCAUCUUCCCCUCUCAAGCAGCGUCCCUCUCAAACCCCUCUUCCUCCACGCAAAGUUGUAUCUCCAGUCCCUAGUAGACCCGUGGCAGACAACCCACCCGCGAGAGGAUUGAAUGAACAAUACACACAGGCAGCGACGCAAUACGCUGGAGCCCCUGUUGCUGCUUCUUCGCCCAAGCCUAGCUCCAACCUGGGCUCUCCUAGGCAACCUUCAAAUACACCUCUUUACGAUCAAUACGAUCACUACCGCACCCCAUCUGGUCAAAUUGUGCGCAAGACAACUCCUCUUUCUCGCAACGUCCCCGAUCCUCCGGGACAUCAUCAGUCCCCGCGUAUCCCGCAAGCAGCCCUUCCGCGCCAGAUAGAGCCAUUGCAACAGGCCAAGCCAGCAUCCGGCCUGAAGUCCAAGCGUGCAGCAGCAAACAUGGACGAGCGUGCUAUCCUCCACCGCUCAACCCCUCCCACGCCCACCUCUAACGAUUCCAACCAAUUCCCACGCCCUCUUCCUGAGGCUGAGCGGCCAACCGCUUGUGGAUCUGUCAUUCUCCCCGCCCUCCGUGCAGCCAUGGAUCGCCGCCGCAACAACCUCGUCCGGCUCGAACCAGGACGCAGCCCCAACGAUUCUCCCGCCACCCCAGAAGAAGAGAAGGAAUUUGACCGCAGCGUGCGCAUCCACCGUGGUCUGGAAAAGGUCGCCGAAGACAUCGCCCGAGCGUUCAACAACCUCCACCACUGGGACAUGGAAGGCCCUGUCGACAUGGGCGGCGGGGUUGAUGCUGUUCUCGACGCGUUCCUCGAGGAGGUCCUCGUCCGGGUGCGUGCUCCAGACGCGUAA